CAAAAUAUGUGAUAAAACAGUUUUCUUCUUCCUGCAGUCAGGAAAAAACUUCACACAAACUUUUUUUGCUUUAGGGUCUACCAGGUGUGGACGGAUUACCAGGAAAGCCUGGAUUUCCUGGGAAAGAUGGUUUGAGAGGACUGGCUGGAACACCCGGGCCAAAUGGAAUCAAAGGCAACAAGGGGGAUCGAGGCCCUCCUGGAUUACCUGGGGAUAUGGUCCAACUGGAAGGCCUGAGAGGUGAAAGGGGAGAACCUGGACCUCGUGGGCCACCAGGGGCAGAUGGUCCCCCUGGACCUCCAGGUCCUAUGGGGGCAAAAGGUCUGCCUGGUGAGCGUGGAGAACGAGGAAGGAAAGGUGACAAUGGACUGCCGGGAGUAGAUGGCCUUCCUGGACCUCAGGGUUCAGCAGGUCAGCCAGGCUCACCGGGGCCACCAGGACCACUCGGUCCCCCUGGUCUCCCUGGUGAACGAGGGUCUCAGGGUAAACCAGGAGACACAGGGAAACCUGGUCUUCCUGGUAAAGAUGGUCUGGAUGGUCUUCCUGGCGCUGAUGGGAAUAUGGGACCCAGAGGAGAAAGGGGAGCAGAUGGUUUUCCUGGCAAGCCUGGACCUAAGGGUGACGAAGGGCCUCCUGGACCACGAGGCCCUCCUGGGGAGAGAGGAGAAGCUGGCUCCCCUGGUCAACCAGGCGCAGAUGGAGCUCGAGGAGAGAGAGGAAUUCCGGGAGAAAAAGGAACAGAGGGACGAUUUGGGCCAAAAGGUGAAAAGGGUGACAAGGGUGAAGUUGGACCGAGAGGACUCCCUGGGGUUUCAGGAGAUGUGAGUUGAGUACCAGCUGUUUUCCAUGUACA